AUGGGGUUCCCUUUUUUUGUUUCCCUCGCUGAUGGUGCAAGUCCGCAACUGUCUCAAAAUCAAGCUGAGGGAACAUCUCUCUACGUCAAGCAUGUAGAAGUAACAGAAACGAAACCAUGUUUUGCUUCAUACAAGAAGGUCGAAAAUUCCCUUUUAGUGCACUAUUUAGUGAGCACACGCGGUCUUGAAGUUCUCGAGCAGCUGAUGGUGGUCACCUUUUCUUCAAACGACAAAAACUUCAUAAUCGAGACUCUUAAGAAGGGAAUUGAGUGCAACGGUUCACAGUAUUAUUACUUGGGACAAUCGAGCUCCCAGCUUAGACACAGCACUUGCUACGUGAUGAAUGCUUCGCUGACUGACUUGCACAGUUUGCUGGAAAAAUUCGAAGACUUCAAUGACAUCUUCCCGGUGGCAAAACGAUCUCAAAAGAUAUCCCUCCUCUUCUCACCUUUCCAGCGUAGUUUGGAACUAAAACCAGGGGAAUACGACGUCAUCGAUGACGUAACAAGCAUAUUGGGUACAUAUGUGUUCACGGAUGGGUGUGGUCUUAUGUCGUGUACACUCUCUCAGGAUGUGCAGAACCUGUGCAACCUUCCAUGCGCACCUAGCGUAAUUGAGGUUAAAUUCAAAGGUUUUAGAGGGACACUGGUUCGUUUCAACGAUAUGCCAAAUCUCAAGGUAAAAGCGCUCUUUAGAAAUUCCAUGUUGGACUUUUCCUCCCAUCAAAAUGUUAUGAGUGAUUGGAACACGAUUGGAAUCGUCGGUUUCUCGCAGCCGUACUCACUGGGCUAUUUGGACACACUAACGAUGAUGCUGUUGGCCGAAGGCGGUGUCUCACAUGAAUAUCUGGAGGCACUUCAGGGAAACUAUCAUGAUUUGCUAGAGAGGUUGGAAGACAAGACAUACGCCGGUUACUUCUUGCGUAUAACGGGAAAGGACGAGUUGCUACAAACCCUUGAGCAAGAAGGACUAUCGCACAGUGUUGUGCGAGAGUUGCAAAAUCUGAAGAUAAAAGAAAUUGAAAACAUGAAACACUGUAAAAUAGUCAGCGAAAACGAAGAGCAAGGCGAUAAUUAUCAGUUACAAGAGAAAAACUGCAAAGUACCUGAGAUGGGUGGACCUCUGUGUGAUGUUACAACGACAGACACUUUGGUGGAGGAUCCCAGUGCUACAAGUGAUGAAGUCCAAGAUUUUAGAAUUUUGAUUCCAGACUCUCGCGUGGUCUAUGGGGUGAGCGAUCCGUACGGUCAGCUGAAGCAUGGCGAAUGUUUCUUCCAACCGACGCUCCACGAAGCGGAGCAAAAUGGCUUCUCAUUUUCUGAGUUUGUUCUUGUAAUACGAAGGCCCUCUUAUCAUGCGGGAGAUGUUCGUGUUUUGAAGAUUACUCAGGGAAAGGAAGCUUACAAAGAUCUGUACGAUUGUAUCGUGUUUCCCACAAGGGGGGCGCGACCGCAUGCCAAUGAAUGCGCUGGGGGACGCGUAGGCGGUGACAAGUACUUCGUGAGCUGGGAUCAGGGGCUCAUACCGCUCUUUGUUAGCAGUCCUUACAUGGGGCACAUAACCAGUACAUCCUCUAAAAUAGUUCGAAAAUUGUCAGAAGUCGCCAACAGCCUCGUGUGUUUGAAGAGGAAGCCUGUUAGUGACACGGAAGCGAGGAAAAAGCAGCACGAAGCACACCAAGCGCUCGUGAAACAUUUUAGUCAUUUUAGAGAAUACGAGAACUUGCGCCAAAAAGCUUCAGAGCUAUUUGUUAAGUACGCGUCGUUAUUCGGUUCGACGUGUACCGAAUGCGAAUUGCUCAAGGAGACUCUUCUCAGAGACUUUGGCUGGAGCGAUUGUUACGAUCAAGUUAAAAAACAAUUGAGGCAGCUUGAAGAAGCGUACGAGAUAGAGAUGCAGGGACUCACCAACCGUUCGCGAUCAACCCCUCUCCCUUCUUCAUCUCGCGGUCCUGAUACGUUCGAUCGUUUGUUAAUCUCUCUGCAAUGGAAGAAACCACCAUUUUUACCUGGCGAUGAUGUCUGGAAUAAGAUGAAAGCAAAAAGCGCUACGUUUGUCGCAUCCCAGAUUUCAUAG